AUGGAAGAAGAGGGGAAACAGAACGGCGUCCUCCACAGCACCAAAGAGUCGGACCUCCAGCAACGCUUGAGGCUCUGUGUUUUACAUGAAAUCUUGAACACAGAGAGGGAUUACGUUCGGGUAUUGCUUUUCCUUCAGUCGGCCUUUUUGCACAGAAUCCGACAAACUGCAGAGGAGCAACAGUGUCUGUCACCUGAGCAUGUCAAGACCCUGUUUUCCAACAUCGAGUCCAUCCUGGACGUUCACAAAGAGGUUCUGUCUGCAGUGGAGGCCAGCCUGCAGCCGGAGCCGCAGCCUGGGCACGCUCUUGGACACGUCUUCCUCCAGUUUAAGGGGCGGUUCUCUGUGUACGGGGAGUACUGCAGUAACCACGAGAAGGCCCUGCGGCUGCUGAUGGAGCUCAACAAGAACCCCGAAAUAAGGACCUUCCUCCUGCACUGUAUGCUGUUGGGAGGGAAGAAGAGCACAGACAUUCCCCUGGAGGGGCUCCUGCUAUCACCCAUUCAGAGAAUCUGCAAGUACCCCCUCUUACUGAAGGAGCUGCUGAAGCGGACGCCCAAGAAGCACACAGACUACCGUGCGGUGGAGGAGGCCCUGCAGGCCAUGAAGGCAGUGUGCUCCAACAUCAAUGAGACCAAGAGGCAGAUGGAGAAAUUGGAGGCCCUGGAGCAGCUGCAGUCGCACAUCGAGGGCUGGGAGGGCACCAAUCUGACUGACAUCUGCACCGAGCUGCUGCUCCAUGGCAACCUGCUCAAGAUCUCCGCCGGCAACAUCCAGGAGCGAGUCUUCUUCCUGUUUGACAACCUCCUGGUCUACUGCAAGAGAAAGUCCAGGGCAACUGGGAAGAAAUCCACAAAGAGGACCAAGUCCAUCAAUGGCCCCCUGUACGUGUUCAGAGGAAGAAUCAACACAGAGGUGAUGGAAGUGGAAAACGUUGAGGAGGGAACAGCUGACUACCACAGCAACAACUACACAGUGACCAACGGCUGGAAGAUCCACAACACGGCCAAGAACAAGUGGUUCGUCUGCAUGGCUAAGAACCCAGAGGAUAAGCAGAAGUGGCUCGACGCCAUCUUGAGGGAACGGGAGCAGAGAGAGAGUCUGAAGCUAGGGAUGGAGCGGGAUGCCUACGUUAUGAUUGCCAAGAAAGGCGAGAAGCUCUACCAUAUGAUGAUGACCAAGAGCCGCCACCUGAUCAAGGACCGGCGCCGAAAGCUGACUACCGUGCCCAAGUGCUUCAUGGGAAAUGAGUUUGUGUCGUGGCUGAUAGAGAGUGGAGAGAUCAGCAAGCCAGACGAGGGGGUCAACUUGGGUCAAGCUCUGCUGGAGAACGGAAUCAUCCACCAUGUGUCAGACAAGCACCAGUUCAAGAAUGAGCCGGUGUUUUACCGUUUCCGCUACGAUGACGGCACCUACAAGGCCAGGAGCGAGAUGGAGGACAUCAUGUCAAAGGGCGUGAGGCUUUACUGUCGUCUGCAUAGCCUGUAUAACCCUGUCGUCAAGGAUAGAGACUACCAUUUAAAAACCUUCAAGUCUGUGUUGCCUGCCAGCAAACUGGUGGACUGGCUCUUGUCACAGGGUGAUUGUUCCACACGUGAGGACGCGGUGACAAUGGGGGUCGGACUGUGCAACAACGGCUUCAUGCACCACGUUCUGGAGAAGACCGAGUUCAAAGACGAGUCACAGUUCUUUCGUUUCUACGCCGACGAGGAGAUGGAGGGUACCAGCUCCAAGACCAAGCAGCUGCAGCGCAACGACUUCAAGCUCAUCGAGAACAUCCUGGUCAAGUCCCUAGUGAUUCACCCAGAGGAGGAAGACUACGGCUUUGAGAUUGAGGAGAAGAACAAGGCCAUCGUGGUGAGGUCUGUCACCAGGGGCUCUCACGCUGAGAUGGCGGGGCUGCAGGAGGGCAGGAAGAUCUUCACCAUCAACGAGGACCUGGUGUUCCUCAGGCCCUUCCAGGAGGUGGAGACCAUGAUCAACCAAGCCUUCUGCAUCCGCCGCUCCUUACGCAUGCUGGUCAACACCAAGACCAAGGAGAUUGUGAAGAUUCCAGACACUCCCGGUGCCCUGUCCUUCAAACUCAGUGGCUCUGCCCCACCUCAUGUACACGCAGUAAGGAAAGGGUCGGAGGCGGCGGUGGCAGGACUCCAGCCAGGUCAGUGCAUCCUGAAGGUGAAUGGCAACAACAUGAACCAUAGCGACUACCAGGAGGUCCUGGAGCACUUCACCUCCCACCACGACCAGCAGGAUCAGCCCGACAUGUGUCAGUGGGUGUACCGUGUGUUUGAGGAUGUGGAGGAGGAGGGGGGCCCGUUCAAGGCCUGCACAGCAGAGAAAUGCUCAGACAUCGAUGAUGAGAACGGCAGGAACGGAACAGACUGCAGGGGGGGCCUGAGCCGGCUGUCUCUGUCUGAUGACACGGUGCCCCUGGUGAGCAUGACGGUGGACAACGUGCACCUGGAGCACGGCGUGGUGUACGAGUAUGUCAGUACGGCCGGCAUCAAGAGCCACGUCCUGGAGAAGAUGGUGGAGCCCAAGGGCUGCUUCAGCCUUACUGCGAAGAUCCUGGAGGCCUUUGCAAGCGACGACAGUCAUUUUGUGCGUAACUGCAGCCAGCUGAUCGCGCAGAGUGACCGCGUGAUGUCCAUGCCCCAAUUUGAGUUCAGGAACAUCUGUGAUACCAAGCUGGAGAGCAUCCGCCGGCGAAUCAGCAGAUACCAGCAGUUUGCCCAGGAGCUGAGGAAAAAGGCGUGCCCCACAUUCAAGCAGGCAGGCGUACUGACCCACCCGCUGGGCUGCAUGGACUUUGUGCCCACCAACUGCCACGUCAACCUGAUGCAGGUGUCCCAACCCAAGACCCCCAUGGUGUCCGGCAGGGCCUUCAGCUUCCGCUUCGGACGCAAGAACUCCUUCUACGGCCUGGACCCCAACCAAGCUAACCUGUCUCACAUGUCUCACACCCAACACUGUGUGACUAGCAUGGGUGCCCCGUCUUACAGCUGCAGCGGUCUCGGGGAGGAGGAGGAUGGUGAGGGGGACAUCGAGGGCUAUGGAGAGGGCAUCCCAGACAGGCUCAAACAGGAGGACAUGGAGAUCCAGGAUGCAUACAGCCGCCUCUACAGCCGCCUGGACAUCGCCGUGCAAGAGAUGAGGCAGUACGUCACCCAAAUAGACGCCCUCCUUUUUUCCAUCACGGAGCCCACCCAGCCGCAGGGCAGCGAGUCCCCAGCCUACGAGGCCAUUCAGCCCCCUUCCGUGACCCCCGAAGAGGGGGACCAGGAAAAGGCGGAGCACGGGGGCAUCAAGAGGGUCUGCUUCAAGGUGACGGAAGAGGACCAAGAGGACUCGGGCCAAGACACCAUGAGCUACAGGGACUCCUACAGUGAAUGUACCAGUAACAGGGAUUCCGUCUUGUCGUACACAAGUGUACGUAGCAACAGCUCUUACCUGGGGAGUGACGAGAUGGGUUCAGGUGAUGAGCUGCCCUGUGACAUGAGUAUUUCCUCUGACAAGCAGGACAAGCUGCACGGCUGUUUGGAGCACCUUUUCAACCAGGUGGACUCCAUCAACAGCCUGCUCAAAGGGCCCGUCAUGACCAAGGCCUGCGAGGAGACCAAGCACUUUCACACUGACCACACUAAGCCAGAGUUCCGUCACACUGAAGACUGGACGGUGCGCUGUCACAUCAUCCACAAGAACAGCCAGGAGGACCCUUGGAACCUGCCCAGCUCUAUUAAGACACUGGUGGAGAGCCUGCAACGAUUUGUGGAUGAUGGGACGAACCAGGUGCUUCUGGCCCUGCUCAAAUGUACAGACACGGCUCUGCAGCUGCAGCGGGACGUGAUCUUCUGCCAGAGUGCGGUGAGCGCUGUGUGCACACUGGCCGAGCAGCUCCUGGCGGCGCUGCAGGCGCACUUCAACAACGCUGGAGAGUACGAGGAAGACUGCAAGGACACGAGCCGUAAGUGGCUGGAGCAGGCGGCCACCAUCGGCGUGCUGCUCAACUUCCAGGCAACGCUGGCGCCCCACGUGAAGGAGGAGAGGACGAUGCUGGAGGAUACCCAGGCAGCCCUGUUGGACCUGGACAAAGUCACAGUGUUCUUCCGCCAGCUGGAGGAUGAAUGCCUGGUCGCAAACACGCCGGUGUGUUACCACGUGGAGGGCACCCGGCAGGCCCUGAGGGUCACCAUGUACCUGGACAGCUGCCACUUCAGUGAGCUCCCCACGCGCCUGCAGAACGGGGGCAGCCUCAAACUGCACACUGUGCUCUUCACCAGCGCCCUGGAGAGGCCAGAGGGAGUGUCCGAGCAGGACUACGUGUCCAUAGAAGAGUUCCAGCAACGCACCAACGCCGUCGCACUGGAAAGGGUCAAAGCCUACUACCGAAAACUCAGGGCUUUUUACCUGGAGAAGUCAAAUCUUCCCACUGACUCCAACACCACAGCUAAGAAGAUAGACCAGCUCCUCAGACCCCUCAACACUCUGGACGACCUGUGUUGUCUGAUGAAGUCAUAUGUCAACGUGCAUCCCAAUGCCGCAGGCCACCCCUCUGGCGUCGGCGUCCUGUGUGUGUCCUCCGAGCUGUGCAACCGCCUGGGCGCCUGCCAUAUCACCAUGUGUGCUACUGGCAUGCAGAGGUGCACCCUGAGUGUGACCCUUGAUCAGGCCAUGAUCCUGGCACGGAACCACGGCCUCAUGCCCCGCUGCAUCAUGCAGACCAUGGACAUCAUGCGCAAACAGGGCACCAGGGUAGAGAUCUCGGCUAAAAACCUCAAAGUGAUGGACCAGAUGCCGCCCGCAGCCCCAAGGCUCUUCAAGUUGUGUCUGCCACCCGAAGACGGAGAUCUAUAAGAGACUAAGCAUCGCUGUGUUUUCAUUCCGCUCAUUUAUUUAGCCAAGAUAGUCCACUCAAUAACAAUUGUCACUGUUUUCCAGUGAGUCCUCAGUUC